AUGGUCGCCUUCGACAAGUGUGAAACCCGGCCGGCUCAUAUCGAUGCCAUUCUAAAUGGCCUCGAUCGCUACAACCCCGAGACUACCACCGUCUUCCAGGACUACGUGGCACAGCAGUGCGAGGACCGGUCAUUCGACUGCUACGCCAACCUGGCCUUGCUGAAGCUCUACCAGUUCAACCCUCACCUCCUCCAAGCCGACACCGUCACCAAUGUCCUGGCCAAGGCCCUGACCGUGUUCCCCUCUCCUGCCUUCUCUCUCUGCCUUGCUCUGCUCCCCGCCCACACCCAGCCCUUUCUCAAGGCCACCGACGCCCAGGCCGCUUCUCAGAAUAACGACUUCGUUGAGUCCGUGCAGAAGCUCUCCCAACUCUCCACCCUCCUCGAGUCCGCUCAGUACACCCAGUUCUGGGCUACCCUCAACUCGGAUGACCUGUACGCCGACUUGACCGCUGAUGUCGCCGGCUUCGAGGAGCUCGUCCGCAUCCGCAUCGCCGUCGAGGCCUGGUUGGAUAUGCGCAGUCGUGACGCUCUCGAGAAGUUCGUCGCCGAUGUCUGUGGCUGGAAGGUCGAGAACGGUGUCGUCAGCGUGCCUACCAACAAAGAGAACGAGGCCCGCAGCGAAGUUAAGAGCGAGCGCGUCGGCGUCGAUAUGUUCGGUCGUGUCAUCCGUCGUGGCUUCGAGUUGCCUGCCUGA